AUGGUUGGCUACAGAAGGGAUUCAAGCUGCUUCAUUCGUUUUCAUAACAGAGAAAAUCGUCCUCGAGAAAACACAAUUUGUGUAGCCAAUCAUACGACGCCUUUCGAUUGGUGUGUUCUAUCAUCUGAUGUCACUUAUGCUGUGGUGGGUCAAAAACAUGAAGGAUUUUUUGGAUUUGCUGAAUGGAUUAUCUCGUGCGCUGUACCGGCUAUCUGGUUUGAUCGUGGUGAAGUUUUAGAUCGUAAUGCAACAGCUAAACGUUUAAAACAGCAUGCAACUUCUCCAGAUGCUGAACCAAUAUUGAUUUUCCCUGAAGGUACUUGUAUCAAUAACACAUCGGUGAUGAAGUUUAAAAAAGGCUGUUUUGAAGUUGGCGCUGAAAUUCACCCAGUUGCAAUUAAGUACAAUCCUUUAUUUGCUGACUGUUUUUGGAACAGUAGUCGUGAUGGUUUAUUCCAGUACAGUUUGAAGACAAUGACAUCUUGGGCUAUUAUGGUAGAUGUUUGGUAUUUACCACCGACGCGGAAAUCUGAUGAAGAAGACUCUAUAGCAUUUGCUAGACGUGUACAGCAUAGUAUUGCACAGUGUGGUGGAAUGAUUGGUAUGGAUUGGGAUGGUGAAUUGAAACGUAAUAAACCAAAGGAUACGCUUAGAUAUGCUCAACAAAAAUAUGUCAGUCAGUAUUUCAUUCCUGUGGAUACCUGA